ACAGUUGGAGACGAGAGGAGAGGCUGGGGCUGAAGGACUGUUGUGUGCGGCAGAGAUCAUCAUGACAGAGAACCUGAAAAAUUACAAGAUCAUCUUCGUUGUGGGUGGCCCCGGAUCAGGCAAAGGAACCCAAUGUGAGAAGAUUGUAGCAAAAUAUGGCUACACCCACCUGUCCACCGGGGACCUGCUGAGGGAAACGGUCAGUUCUGGCUCGGAAAGAGGCAAGAAGCUCUCGGCCAUCAUGGAGAAGGGUGAACUUGUUCCUUUGGAAACCGUGUUGGAUAUGUUGAAGGAUGCCAUGAUUGCCAAGGCGGGAUCCUCCAAGGGCUUUCUGAUCGAUGGCUACCCCAGGGAAGUGAAGCAGGGCCAAGAGUUUGAGAAGAAGAUUGCGCCACCUACGCUGCUGUUAUACAUUGACGCUGGAGCCGAGACGAUGAAGAAACGUCUGAUGAAACGUGGAGAAAGUAGUGGGCGUGUUGAUGACAACGAGGAAACGAUUAAAAAACGUCUGGACACUUAUUACAAAGCCACAGAGCCCGUCAUCGCAUUUUAUGAAAAGAAAGGUAUUGUCAGAAAGAUCAACGCUGAAGGCAGUGUGGAUGAAGUCUUCCAUCAGGUUGUUACUGCUGUGGACACCUUGAAAUGAACCAUUGUCGGAAGUGGAUACUAUAUCUCUCCCACUCAGCAUUUUGCCCCUGCCUCGCUUUCAGCCAGUCACUGACCCGUACUGCAACAAUCAGUUAAGUUUAAAAUAAAGGUCCCAUUUUUUGACCU